AUGGAUCUGGCCGCCUUGGUUGACCAGCUGCGAAGCGGCUCGGCGCCCAAGUUCCCCGCCGACGCAAACACAUUGGCCUUUGCUCGGAAGCUCGAUUCGCAAGAUCAGCUCAAGCACCUGCGGGAUGAAUUUAUACUGCCCACAAAAGGCUCACUGAAGAAGAGGGCUCUGGACGGCUCGAUCCCAGGACAAGACAUGAGGGACGGCACCAACGGCGUCCGCACCACCAACGGUGUCGGCGGCCGGCCAGGAGAUGCCGACGAGCCGUGCCUCUACUUUGUUGGCAACUCUCUCGGCGCUCAGCCCAAGGCCAUGCGGGACCACCUCAACGCUCAACUGGAGACAUGGGCCUCGAUUGGCGUCAACGGCCACUUCACCGACAUGGGCAACUCGCCGUUGACGCAGUGGCAGGACAUGGCAGAGGACUGUGCCAAGAAGUCGUGUGACCUCGUCGGCGCCUCGCCGCACGAGAUCGUCAUCAUGAACACCCUCACCAUCAACCUCCACGUCAUGAUGGCGAGCUUCUACAGGCCCGACCCCCGGCGGCACAAGAUCAUCCUGGAAUGGAAGCCCUUCCCCAGCGACCACUACGCCAUCGAGAGCCAGGUCCUCUGGCACGGGCAGGACCCGGAGAGGAGCAUGGUCAAGAUCGAGCCGGACGAGAACUGCCUGAUCCCCACCGACAAGAUCCUGCGCACCAUUGACCAGCACGCCGACGAGACGGCCCUCCUGCUCCUCCCCGGCAUCCAAUACUACUCUGGCCAGCUGUUUGACAUUCCCAGGAUCACGGCCUACGCCAAGGCGCGCGGCAUCCUCGUCGGCUGGGAUCUCGCCCACGCCGCCGGCAACGUCGAGCUCAGGCUGCACGACUGGGACGUCGACUUUGCCUGCUGGUGCACGUACAAGUACAUCAACGCCGGGCCCGGCUCAAUAGCCGGCGCCUACGUCCACGAGAAGCACGGCAAGGUGGAAUGGACCGCCGGCGGCCCCGGCAGGGACAGGCCCUCGUACCGCCCUCGCCUGGCGGGCUGGUACGGCGGCGACAAGCGCGUCCGCUUCAACAUGGACACGACCUUUGUCCCGACGCCCGGCGCCGCGGGCUACCAGCUCUCCAACCCUUCGGCCAUCGACCUCGCCGCCCUCUCCGCCGCCCUCUCCGUCUUCAACAAGACGUCGAUGCGCGACCUGCGCUCCAAGGCUCUCGUCCUCACCGCCUACGCCGAGCUGCUACUCGACCAGAUGCUCCAGGAAACCGGCGGCGACGGCGCCGCGCCCAUCUUCACCAUCCUCACGCCCAGAGACCCCCUCCAGCGCGGCACCCAGCUGAGCGUGCUCCUGAGGGAAGGGCUGUUGGACAAGGUCUCGCGGGCCUUGGAAGAAAACGGCGCCAUUUGCGACAAGCGCAAGCCCAACGUCAUUCGGCUUGCGCCCGUUCCUCUGUACACCCGUUUCGAAGAUGUGUGGGCUUACAUGCAGGUCCUGAGGGGGGCGUUGGGCUUGUAA